AUGUCUGACUACGCAAAAUUCCCCAAGACGGCCACGCUGGCGGUCCAUCCUUUUACCGCACACGCACCCCAAGAAAAGGUGCAGCACUUUACGCAACUCCUUGAGCUGUCGCCCAUCGGGCCCGCCGUGUACGAAAACACACAAAACGGGCGCGCCUAUGGCGUGACGAGGACUUGGUUGCAAGAGGCAAAGCAAAAAUGGCUGCAAGAGUUUGACUGGCGCAAGUGCGAAGAGCGCAUCAACUCGUUUCCCAACUUUAAAGCCAAAGUCAAAGACGCGCAUGGCAACAGUCUUGAUCUUCACUUUAUGGCACUAUUCUCCGAGAGAAAGGAUGCAAUCCCGAUUGCAUUCAUUCAUGGGUGGCCGAGCUCGUUUGCAUCUUUCAUGGAUAUCCUGGAUCUCCUCAAGAACAAGUAUUCCCCCAAGGACUUGCCAUACCAUGUCAUUGUCCCAUCGCUGCCAGGCUAUGCCUACUCGUCUGGCCCACCGCUGGAUAAAGACUACGGGUUGGACAAGGCUGCUAGUGUCAUGGACAAUCUAAUGGUUGGACUAGGCUUCCAAAGCGGCUAUCUUGUCCAAGGCGGUGACUUGGGAAGUUUCAUCAGCCGUAUUCUCGCAUUGACAUCCGACUCCUGCAAAGGCAUGCAUGUCAACAUGAUGUCCAUUCCCGGCGGCGAGCAGCCGACAGAUGACUUGGAAAAGGUCGCGCUGAAAAAGGCCCAGGAGGCUGUCGAUACGGGAAUGGCCUUUGCUCUGGAGCAGGGCACACGUCCCGCCACCCUUGGCCUGGCUCUCAGCGCCAGCCCGCUGGCCUUGCUCAGCUGGAUUGGUGAAAAGCUGCUAGCAUGGUCUGACCAAGACCCUCCUCUGGAAAAGAUCCUCGAGACAGUCACGUUGUACUGGAUGACAGACACCAUCUCGCGAUCCUUUUGGCAUAACCGAGCCAUGGCUGGCGCAGACGACGACGACGACGAACCAAAGAUGGCGCGCCUAUCUGUUGUCACUUCCAUGUCCAUGAUUAAGCUUCCAUUCGUUCACAAGCCUACUGGGUACUCUUUUUUUGCGCAAGAGAUUAUUCCCGUGCCACGCAGCUGGGCGGCAAAAACAUGCAACCUCGUCUUCUUCAAGUACCACGAAACAGGCGGUCACUUUGCGGCUAUGGAGAAACCUUCAAAGUUGCUUGAAGAUGUCGAAAGUUUUGCGGACUUGGUUUGGAAUCCUGCGGUCGCUCAAGGUUGA